AUGGAAUCGGCCAUUUCGUCUCCGCUUUCCACGUCGUCUCAUUUGCUACCUUCGCCUUCCCGUUCAUUGCUUGGCUCCAGAUCUCAAUCUUUCCCGUCACUUCAAAACCUCCGGCAUCCGAGUUUCAAAUCCAGAUGCUUCUUCGGAGUUCCGUUCCGUUCGCGCCAAACCCAGCCAAUCCGAUGUCAAAGUUCGAAUCAACAACCAGCUAAGGACGACGGCUUUGUCAUCGAAGACGUUCCUCACUUGACUGAUUUUCUCUCUAAUUUACCGUCGUAUCCAAAUCCAUUGAAACAGAGCCAAGCUUAUGCUGUUGUCAAGCAAACUUUUGUAAGCACUGACGAUGUGGUUGCGCAGAAAGUUGUUGUUCAAAAGGAUGAUCCCAGAGGGGUACAUUUUCGACGUGCUGGACCUCGGGAAAAGGUUUAUUUCAAGUCAGAUGAAGUGCGUGCUUGCAUAGUGACAUGUGGGGGUUUAUGCCCAGGGAUCAAUACUGUGAUUCGAGAAAUUGUAUGUGGCUUGAACUACAUGUAUGGUGUGGAAGAUAUACUUGGAAUUGAGGGAGGAUACAGAGGCUUUUAUUCUAAAAAUACAUUGAGGUUGACACCAAAAGUUGUCAAUGAUAUCCACAAGCGUGGUGGGACCUUUCUUCGAACUUCACGAGGAGGUCAUGAUACAAACAAGAUAGUUGAUAACAUACAGGACCGAGGAAUAAAUCAGGUGUACAUAAUUGGAGGUGAUGGCACCCAAAAAGGAGCAGCUCUAAUUUACAAGGAAGUUGAGAAACGUGGUCUUCAAGUGGCAGUUGCUGGGAUCCCUAAGACAAUUGAUAAUGAUAUCGCUGUGAUAGACAAAUCCUUUGGUUUUGAUACUGCUGUUGAAGAAGCUCAGAGAGCUAUUAACGCUGCACAUGUGGAGGUUGAAAGUGUGGAAAAUGGAGUUGGAAUUGUCAAACUCAUGGGCAGAUACAGUGGUUUCAUUGCUUUAUAUGCAACUUUGGCAAGUCGAGAUGUGGAUUGUUGCUUGGUUCCAGAAUCUCCAUUCUAUUUGGAAGGUCAGGGUGGGCUUUUUGAAUUUGUUGAAGAGCGGCUUAAAGAAAAUGGACAUGUGGUUAUUGUGUUAGCAGAAGGAGCAGGGCAGGAAUAUGUUGCACAAGAAAUGCAAGUGGUCGAUGGGAAAGAUGCAUCAGGAAAUAAGCUACUCCUAGAUGUUGGCUUAUGGCUGACUGAAAAGAUUAAGGAUCAUUUUACAAAAGUUCAGAAGAUGGCAAUAAAUAUGAAAUAUAUAGAUCCAACAUAUAUGAUUCGUGCUAUCCCAAGUAAUGCAUCAGACAAUAUAUACUGCACUCUUCUUGCUCAGAGUGCUGUUCAUGGGGCCAUGGCAGGAUUCAGUGGUUUCACAGUUGGGCCUGUAAACAGUAGACAUGCUUAUAUUCCAAUUUCUCGUGUGACAGAGACGCAAAACACAGUGAACUUGACAGAUCGGAUGUGGGCUAGACUUCUUGCAUCGACGAACCAGCCUAGUUUCUUGGAAGGCAAUGCGCUGCAUGAAAGAGUUGAUAAAGAGGAUGUUGAUGUGAUCAACCACAACAUGAGAGCCACUUCCAUAUAA